AUGUCAGCCGACGCGUUACCGAAGCCCGUCGUCUACUGCGGAGUAUGCAGUCUACCACCUGAAUACUGCGAGUUUGGCGGCACAACGAAGAAGUGUGAGGAAUGGCUAGAAGAGGCGCAUCCAGAUCUGCACGCGAAGCUGUACUCAGCAGAAGCGCUACAGCAAAACAUGGCCUCCCUCUCCGUCGACGCCCAAAAACGCGCCGAAAAGGACGCCCAGAAGAAAGCCGCCAAAGCCGCAACCGCCGAAGCACGAGCAGCCGAGACGCGCGCGUCGUCCAAGAUCCUCAUCAAGCGCAUCGAGCGCAACAAGCGGAAAUACGUCACCGCCGUACAGGGUCUAGAAGCGUUUGGUCUCGACAUCAAGAAGGUGGCCAAGGACUUUGGCAAGAAGUUCGCGACGGGGUCAAGUGUCACCAAGAUCCCGGGUGGCGGCGAGGAGAUUACGGUGCAGGGUGAUUUGAGCGAGGAUAUCUUGGAGUUCUUGGUGGACAAGUACGAUGAGGUGCCGGAGGAUAACUGCGAGUUGAUAGAGGAUAAGAAGAAGAAGAAGGCUGAGGGGGGUUGA